CAUAUAUCCGGACUAAAAUAAUUAAACCAUUAAAUCUCGACUCACUUGCUCAACUGGACCCACAAGCUAAACUGGGUUGCCAACCUUCAUCCUAGCGUAAAAGACAUCUCCUUUGGUUGGAGUUUUUGGCAAUCUCAUUUUGUUUGAUGAAAUUAAAUUUGGGUUAAUUGCAUGGUUGGUCACCGAGAUUACAAAAAACGUUCACGUUUGGUCACUGGAAAUAUUUAAUUUCAUUCGUGGUCACUAACUUUCUACUCUCAAUACAUAAAUGGUCACUUUCCGUCUACUUCCGUUGACUUUAGCUUACGUGGCAGUCAACUAACAUAGUUGACCGUUAAAUAUGUGACGUGGAAAUUAAAAAAUUAAUAAAAAAAUAAAAUUUAAUACUUUAAAAUUUCCACCUCAUUGUUGUAAUUGUUAAAACAUAAUAAAUACAUAAAAUUUAAACAAAAUUGAAAAACAAAAAAAAAUCUUAGGUCUUCACGAUUCCAACCUUUUCCCCUCUUGAAAAGUCCCAAUUCUAAUUCCAACCUCCGAUCCUCCAAAUCGUCACCGCCGCGCGUUGCUACUCUGCCUCCAAAUCUCGACUCUCCCAAUCUCCAUGAGUCCGAAUCAGAGUCAUCAUCAGCGCCAUAACCCCUCUGCCCGACCAUUACCACUAGGGCUUGGUUGAAGGAGAACGGGAGGUAGAGGAUGGAGGGGUUGCCGCAGACGACGGAGAAACAGAAGAUGGCACAGAGGGCGAAGUUGAAGAACUGGCGGCGGGUUACUAUUUUCCCAAUCCCGUCGCCAUCCUUAGUUUUCCCCUCAGAAAAUGUGACCCCUUUAAAUCUAACCCUUCAAACGCGCGAGGGCGAUCUCCGGACUGGGUCAAGGCUUAUCCUCCUUCAACUCUACCUACAUCGAGAUCUGUUCAUCGAGGGGCACCGGGCUUGUUGUUCUUGGCGGGAUUACCUUCGGAAGAAGAUGACUGAUUAGUUUGCUCGGCGGGAGGAAAGCCAGGGAGAAGAGGAUAGCGGAGGAGGCUACCAUGAUAGUAGUUACAUGCCGCCCAAUCUACCGCCACUUUGCCAUUCAUCCAACCAACCGCAUCCAACCUGAAUUUCUCCGGUGUUACGGCCGGAUCUACCACUUCCCUUACAAAAAUAGGAUAUUUUCACCACCGCCAGUGGCAAGGAUUUAAAUCGCGACAGCGACCAUCAAAACGACAACCUAAUUCUGAACAAGAUUCAACAGGGAGAACAUGACGCCCAUCGAGGAGCUGGUGAUCUCGCGGAUCAAAGCUCGGCUGAACGAGAGAGAAUUGAAGAAGGAGGAAGAGACCAGAAGUCCGCGACAGUGCGCGAGGCAGAUUGUAAAGCAGGUGAAAGAGAGCGUCAGUAGGAGAGUCGGUUUGGACAUUACCGACUCCGAAUAUCUCCCAGAUACUUCUCCUCCGCCACCACCCCAGGCUCCUUCCACCCAAUCAAGUACUGAAUCUUGUAAAGAUUCCCUGCACGAUGAGGAAACGCUGUCUCCGCCGCCGACACCUCGUCUUUCGCUCCGCUGUACGGGUUGAAACAAACCCUGUUUUCCGCGACUCAAUCAUCUUCGCCCAAAUCCCUUCCAAGCUAGCUUUCAGGAUCGGUGUCACAACGUAGUCCGAUUUCCUCUUGCCAGAUUUGAUCGAUUGCAACUCUCUGCUCAGCAGCGCCGCCUGUUAUUCUCUUCGUCCAAUCCCAUCAUAGAAGAAAUUAGGGGUUUUUUAUUUUUUUAAAUAAAAGUGAUAUGAGGUGGGGUUUUUAUUUUUUUAAAUAAAAGUGAUAUGAGGUGGAAAUGAGAUGGCAAUUUAAAAAAAUUUAAUUUUAUUAAUUUUAAAUUGCCACGUCACACAUUUAACGGUCAACUUUUAGAGUUGACCGCCACGUAAGCAAAAGUUAACGGAGUUGGACGGAGACUGACCAAACGUGAACGGUUUCAGUAAACUGAAGUACCACCAAUGGAAUUAAAUAUUUCAAGUGACCAAACUUGAACGUUUUUUAUAAUCUCAAUGACCAACCAUGCAAUUAACCCAAUUAAAUUUGGAAGCUAGUAUGGUCGUAAAAUUAGAGGAUUCUUCAACAAAGUCUCUUAUUUUAGGUUUGUAGGUUUAUGGUUGAGGAGUUUGGCUGGCAUUUAGUGUUUCGGGGCUUACUUUAGGGGUUAGAGUUUAGAGCUAGGAUCUAAAAUUUAGUCGUUAGGAUUUAGGGUGAGAAUUGUACUUAUGGUUGUGGAUGUAGGGUUUGGAUUUCAAUUAUGGUUUUUUUUUUUUUUUCUUCACUUGGCCUAAUCCCAACAAGGAAUAUCUUGCUCGCAAUACUUAAUUACCUUGUUUGUGUCAUCCUGUAUGAAUUACGAGAUCACCCGAAAUGAACUACGAGAUCACCCAAAAGACACCUUUGACAUUUAGAGAUCGCGGACCGAUCAUAAAUUAAAUAGCAACUAACUAUGGCUCUUGGACCAGACAACAUCCUAAACGUAGGGGGCAUCGAAGCAUGAGGCUAGAAAGAGAAAUGUCAACUAUUCUACAUACAAUGCUUCUCCAAAAUAGAAGCAUUUUUGUUGGUGUAUUAAAGACUAGACUAAUAA